ACUCCUUUCUUCGUCAUGGCAGGACCUUUAGUUUCUGUAGGACAGUCUACAAUCAAUAGUUCCCAUUCGUUGCACGCUGGGUCAAGCAAAGGAGACUUGUCAAUUUUGAUACUGCCAUUUAAUUAUAACCGACCUGUUUCCUACGAUCACAACAAUGGUGAUGUGGAGUCUACAGGCGACGAUUUUGAUUCAUGUGACGAGGAAAACAACUACCCAAGCGAGUUUGAUUUCCUCGAUCAAAAACAUGGACAGAUCUGUAGGCGAAAUGGUGAGAAAAAACUUUCCGUUGCUGUGAAGGCCAAAAGGAAAUGUAGUCAACGGGAUACUCGGAAGGUCAUCUCCUCGUCAAAAGGAAGUUUUACAGGAUCUGACGAUUCUGACGUUGGCCUUACUAAUAAGGAAUUGCGGAUCAGGGAAAUAAGGAUUGAGAAUACGAAGAGAAAGCGGGAGAAUAAGAUCAAAGCAAAGAAACGGAAAGGGGUUACUGAGAAAACUGAGGUGCAGUCGGAGAAGGAGAAGAAACCUCUAAAAAGCUGUCUUAGAAAAUCUGUAAGGAAGAACCCAGUAAGUGUUUGUGCCAACCAAACAGCCAAUCCACCAUCAUUUUAUAACAAUUCUGACUUUAUUCUUAAUUCAAACAACAACGGUGUUAAAUUUGAAGAUCAGUCAUACAUUAACUUGCUGAUUGAACUUCAAAACCGUGAGAUCACACCUGAGGAUUACGACUUGCUCCUCCAGUUGGAUUCCUCUGUUCAGCCUAAGACCUUAUCUACCGCCCAAAUUAAGAGACUGUCAUCAGAUAAAGUAACAAGUGAAAUUGAUGACUUGUGUAGCAUUUGCAUAGAAGACUAUGUCUCAGGGGAUGAGAGAAACUUUUUGCCCUGUGGUCAUCACUUUCAUAGCUUUUGUAUAAAGACUUGGUUAGGUACUACAUCAGAUAGAUGCCCCAUUGAUGGGAAAGAAGUUAGGUAACAUUAUCUUUGACAAACCCUUUUAUGGGGAGUGGGUAAUAACUAGCUUGAAUGUAAGAAUAGGAUCUUGGGUAGAAAAUGAACAUACCCUUUCACUCAGCAGUUUGAUUUUGAUGCAUGCCCACAGCAACAAUGCUUGCAUGUAGUCAUGACCUUUAUUGUCACAUACCAUAUUUUUGUAUUGAUUCUAUAUUUUUUAUAAUAAAUUCUCUCCAGUAUGUUCAGGCUUGUGCAUAAACAACUUGGAAGUUGUAGACUUAAGUUGUAUUUUUUUUU